AUGGCCGAGACCAACGCAGACGUGCUUGCCCAUGCCAAGGUUGGCUCGUGGUUCUUGGGCCCUCGGGCCGAGAACUUCUCGGUGCUGAAAGAGCUGUUCAACCACGUUUUGGAUGACCAGGCACGAGCCCGCAAGAAGAUCUACACGGACGAUCCCGAAUUCAUCACCAAUGACAUGAAGAAUCUGAGCACGUACAAGGAUGGCCUCGCAGCUCUCGAUUUCCACCUCAGGGACCUUUCCGACAACCUGUCGGCCACCUCGGUUCCCUUUUGGUCGCCUCGGUACAAUGGCCACAUGAACAUGGAUACCGCCAUCCCCGGCAUCAUUGGCUACAUGUCUGCCAUGAUGUACAACCCAAACAACGUGGCAACCGAGGCCAGCCCCUACACCACCAAACUAGAGAGAGAGGUGGGCGUAGACCUCUGCAAGAUGCUCGGCUACAACGUCUACGAAAACCUCGGGCUCCCGAUUGCCUGGGGACAUAUUACCUGCGGCGGAUCUGUUGCCAACCUCGAAGCCAUCUGGGCGAUCCGCAACCUCAAGUUCUACCCGCUGUCUCUCAAGCUCGCAAUGGAGGAAGGGGCUCCGCUCCACUUCCUCGCCCACGCAACCCCUGCAUUUGAGGUGCUCACCUGCAGAGGCACAACGGACAAGUUCCGAGGAGAGAAGAAGAAAUUUACCGACCUAUCAACCUGGGAGCUGCUGAAUUUGACGCCAGAUACCGUACUCGAGAUCCCAACCAGGCUGGACAAGGAGUACUCCAUUUCUCCCGCGUUCCUGCAGAGCGCCCUCCGUGACUAUCUCGCCCAAACUGUUGGCAAGGAUUAUCUGGAGAAGAAGUUCGACAUCAAGCCCGGCAAAUUCUUUCUCAGUGCCACCAAGCACUACUCGUGGCCCAAGGGAGGAGCCAUCACGGGCAUCGGAUCGGCCAACUUUGUCGACGUUGCAGUCGACGAGGACGCUCGCAUGAACAUAGAGGACUUUGAAGCCCACCUGGACGAGUGCAUCGCGGGAGAAGACGAAGGUGGAUACACCCCAGUCUUUGGAGCCGUUGCCAUCAUUGGUUCCACGGAGCACGGCGCCUGCGAUCCGCUCGAAGACAUGCUCAAAGUCCGCACACGCUUCCAAGAACGGGGCUUAUCCUUUGCCAUCCACAGCGAUGCUGCGUGGGGCGGCUAUUUUGCUUCCUUCGUGGGCGACAUGGACAAGUUCAUCCCUAGCAAGCCGCUGUAUCUCGUCCCAGCCAUGACGCUUUCUCCUCACACCGAGGCCCAGCUGAGCGUGCUCGGUCUGUCCGACAGCAUCACCAUCGACCCUCACAAGUCAGGCUACAUCAACUAUCCAUCUGGCGGUCUCUGUUACCGCGACGGGCGCAUGAGGUACCUCGUUACCUGGACCAGCCCCAUCGUUUUCCACGAAGGCGACGCCCUCGAGAGCAUGGGUGUCUACGGCGUCGAGGGCAGCAAGCCCGGCGCGUCGGCAGCCGCCACAUGGCUGACUCACAAAACCAUCGGCUUCCAGGAGGACGGCUAUAAGAGACUGCUAGGCGAGGCCGUCUUCACUUGCACCAAGCUCUACUGCUACUGGGCCACCAUGACCAAAGAUGAAGACGACUUCCUGGUCGUCCCGCUCAUUCAGCUGCCUAGCGAGAAACCGCAAGCAAAGGGCAUUAAACCAGCCGACCCCGAGGACUCAGAGGACCGGACGAAGCGCAUUGAGGCUGAGAAGGAGCGAAUCCGGAAGAAGAUUCUCGACGCCAGAACUGAGGAUCUUGUCGAGGACAAAGAAUCGUGGGCCUUCCUCGCAAAACUUGGUGGCGAUCUGAUGAUCAACGCCUUUGCUUGCAACUUCAAGGUCGACGGGAAGCCAAACACGGACGUGGGCGAGGCCAAUUACCUCAACCAGCGCCUCUUCCAGCGCCUGUCCAUCUCAGCCAUGGGGGACCUAGAGAACAAGAACCCCCCAAUAAUCCUCACCUCGUCCGUGUUCGGCGAGAAGGCCUACGGCAAGUGUCUGUCGACAUACAAGACCCGCCUGCAGCUCGACGACGGCGCCUCGCCCGCGCACGGCGACCUGCGCUUCCUCGUCAACGUGACCAUGAGCCCGUGGCCGGCCGACUCGGACUUCCUCGGCGGGCUCGUGCAAUCAUUCCGCGAGAUCGCCGAGGAAGAAGUGCAGCGGUGCGUCAGGCGCAACCGCCUCUCGGCCGACGUCCACGGCUUCAUCAUUCAGGGCGGACUGACAGGUGACGAGGACGCGCCCGUCUACCUCACGCACAUGCCCAUGUUCUACAAGGCCAACCACCGCUGGCAGGUCAUCGUCAAGGCCGUGCUCCCGCGCGAGGUGCGCGCGCUGUACCGGGACCUACGCGCCAAGAACCCGGACAAGUUCUACACGGCGGCCAACACCGCGCCCGAGUUCCUCGACAAGCUGCUCUCCAACGCCGCCGGCACCGAGUGGCGCAUGGACGAGGGCGUGCCUGAGGACGGCGCCGAGCCGCUCGCCAGGUUCAGGCUCAGCAGCGUGCAGGUCGUCGUCAAGGAGUCCAUGUCGUUCAAGGACCUCGACCAGACGUACCCGGACAGGAUGCCCUUCUACCUGUACGGCAGCCGCGCCGAGAUACAUAUUGAUCAUGUUCUCAAGACGACGCCCAACGCCUUCGUCAACUCCGAUAGGGUCGGGCUGAACGUAGCGCCCGAGCUGACCGACGAGCAGCUGAGCAAGGGCCUGAUCGCCGUGCUGGAUACCGUGGUCGAGAAGAGCCUGCAGCCUCUACCUCUCAAGGGAAAAGAACAGGAAGUCAUCCUCGACUCGCCCGGCCUGUCUCUUGUGAAGGGGAAGGAGCACAGGGUCUCGAUAUACGAGAGCUAUGAGGACUCUAAAAGGGGCAAGGCGAAGAUUGCUUCAGGAACUAUCACGUUCCAGGAAAAUGUCUUUGCGGACUGGGCGAUGACUAACAUGGACGGCGCCGACGCCCAUUAGGACUCAAGUCGAGAGGUAUAGCUUGGUUAUUUGAGAUGGGUAACAUGAGAACUUCGGCUCGGUGAGUCUCAAUGUUUCCCGCCGCGACCCUUGCUUGUUAUUAGAACAAUCCAGAAUACCAGCCCCAGUGUCUAAUC